ACAAGUCGUCUCGGACCAAACUGGGGAAGCGUUGGACCACUCCGUGUUUGGAGAGACGACGGAGGCGCAGCAGCACGAGGAGGAGGAGGUGUCUUAUCUGCCCGUUUCGUUUACUCUUCUCCCUCCCUCGCGCACUCACGCACACUCUCCAUCAGCGGUGGCCAGCGGAGCCUAGAGUUGCCGCGCCGUUCCAAGACGCACAGGAGGUCGACUCGGUGCCAAAUCGGUCAGUUUUUUGGGAAGAACACGCAAGGACUGUGUGGAAUCCUAGAAAGCGCAGCGGCGUCCUGACCCCCAGAGCGUGGAGGAGCGCGGCCGAUUAAAACAGCAAUUUGUCUUCCGGAGAGCAGCGCGGUCCGGGAUUUGGAAACAGGUCCUCCUCCCGCCGUAAACACGCACGACACUCCACUACUCCGCGUUCAGGUGGACAUCUUCACCAAACAGUCACAAAGGGGGAGAGGAGAGGGGACAGCGGAUAGUUGAACGCCACAAAGGACCGACACCACGGUUCAAGCCGACUCCAAGUGCAGUUCACCGGGCGAUGCCAGAGUAAAUGCCGGGGCAAUGUCCCGUCGCAAGCAGGUGAACCCGCAGCACUUAUCUUUGACGCACAGGGAGACGGUACAAGCAGAAGCCAAUCAUGAUCCAGGGGCAGGAUCACCUUCUCCGUCGGCAGAAUCCUCCACCCCGAGCCCGCGCAGGACGGGCCCCGGCGAGCACGACCUGCUGACCUGCGGCCAGUGCCAGACCAACUUCCCUCUGGGGGACAUCCUGGUUUUCAUCGAACACAAGCGGCGGUUAUGCAGGGGGCUCCGGAGUCCGUCGGGGUCCUUCUCCAAACCGGGCGAAGCUGGCGCCACCAACGGGCUGCCCAUCUCCCCCCGCACCCGUCACCUGGAGCUGGGCAGGGGGCCGGUGGAGGUGGGGGUCCAGGUGUCACCGGGCGGAGACGACGAAGAAGAGAAGAGACUGACACCCGCCAAAGGAAUCUGCCCCAAACAGGAGAGAGGAGAUAAAGAUGAGCCAUCCAGCUACAUCUGCACGUCGUGUAAGCAGACCUUCACCAGCGCCUGGUUCCUGCUGCAGCACGCCCAGAACACCCACGGCAUCAGGAUCUACCUGGACCAUCACAUGGCCAACGCCGCCCUCACGCCCCGCAUGGCUCUGCCCCCACCCCCGGGUGCCGACGCCCUGCCCCGCUCUCCUCUGCCCACCUUCCUCGGUGACACCAGUAACCCCUUCCACCUCCUGCGCAUGGCCGCCCCCCUCUUCAGGGAACACCCCCCUCCCCCGGGGUACAUGGAAACACGUCUCCCCGCGACGCCGCCCUUCGUCAGCCCCCCUCCUCCCCCCAAACCUCCUCUCGAGCGGCUGGGCCCAGAAGAGAUGGGGCUGCUGUCCCAGCACCCCAGUGCCUUUGAGAGGGUGAUGCGUAUGCCCCCCAUGGACCCCCCCUCCAUGGACUUCUCCAGACGUCUGAGAGAACUGGCAGGUAACACCAACAACGGCGGGCCCACUCCUCCUCUCUCCCCCAACCGCGUUCCACCCAUGCACCGCCUGCUGAGUCCCACCCUCUUCCAGCCCGGGUCUAAGCCCCCGGCCUUCCUCACCUAUGCCCCCCAGCCUCCCACCACCCAGGUCAACCACAACUCCACCAGCCCAUCUGACCAGAACCAAGGCCAGGGUAAAUCUAAAUCUUGUGAGUUCUGUGGCAAAGUGUUUAAGUUCCAAAGUAACCUGAUUGUCCACAGACGCAGCCACACCGGAGAGAGGCCGUACAAGUGUCAUCUCUGUGACCAUGCGUGCUCCCAGGCCAGCAAGCUCAAGAGACACAUGAAAACACACAUGCACAAGGCCGGAUCCAUGAGCGGCUCCCCGGAGCAAGGGUCCAAAGGCGAGGGAGAGGGGGAGGACAAAAUGAGAGACGAGGAGGGCAGAGGAAUGGGCAUGGACAAUGAUGAGGAGGAGGAAGAGGAGGAGGAGGAGGAGGAAGAAGAGGAGGAGGAAGAGGAGGAGUUGAGAAAUGGCAGUCGUCCUGAUUCAAACUUAAGUGAGGACUCCCAGGAGUUCGGCCAAAACAGAGAGAACGGGCAGAGGCGGUCCCCUGAGGAGAAGACCAUGGGAGGGGACAGAAUUAUAGAGGGCACUGGAGUGGGCAUCAUGCACCCGUACAACCAUCUGGACAAUCACCUACGACUCAACCCCAACAAGAGAGGCCUGGAGCGGCAGCCCAACGGAGACGGAGGAGAGGACGAAGCACAGAGGAACGGAGAGCAAGAUGAGGAGAGAGAGAGGAACCAGCCGGACGAUCAGAGGCCUUUGAUGAACGGCAGGAUGAGCGUCUCCGAGGCAGACGCCUUCUCCGGAUUGUUCCAGCGCCGGCCAACUCCCAUUACCAUCCCCAGCCCGUCCAACAACAAGAGGAUCAAGAUCGAGAAGGAACAGCUUGAGCUCCCCCCGACCCUCCCCCUCAUCUCCCCGGAGAAUGUGUAUUCUCAGCUGCUGGCCGGUUACGCGGCAUCGCGACACUUCAUCAGAGAACCUUUUCUGGGAUUCACAGACUCGCGUCAGUCUCCCUUCGCCACCUCCUCAGAGCACUCUUCCUCAGAGACUGGGAGCCUGCGCUUCUCCACACCACCGGGGGAGCUGAUGGAUGCAGGCAGCGCCUCGGGUCGCUCCAACAGCAGCACCCCUCACCUGCUGCGGGGGCCGGGGCCCGGCAGACCCCCCAGCUCCAAAGACCGCAGAAAUGACACGUGCGAGUACUGUGGGAAAGUGUUCAAAAACUGCAGUAACCUGACGGUCCACCGGAGGAGCCACACGGGGGAGCGGCCGUACAAAUGCGACCUCUGCAGCUACGCCUGUGCACAGAGCUCCAAGCUCACCCGCCACAUGAAAACCCACGGGCAGUUUGGAAAAGAGGUUUACCGCUGUGACAUCUGCCACAUGCCCUUCAGCGUCUACAGCACGCUCGAGAAACACAUGAAGAAGUGGCACGGGGAACAUUUGAUGGCCAGCGAGGUCAAACUGGAGCAGGCCGAUAGAGGCUGAGCCAGCAGCACCCAAAGGCCACACACUGGGACCCAUAUACACAUAUGCACACACACGUAUGCACACACACACGUAUGCACACACACACACACACACACACACACACACACACACACACAAACUCCCUCAAAGCACUCUGUGGGGCUGGCUGCAGAAUCUAUCUCUACAUGAGACUCAUUAUUGUUUGUCUUUUUCUUGUCACAAACUGCCACCUGAGAAUAUUAACAAAGGGAAACUUUAAAAGAACUUGUCUGAGAGCCCAUCCUGGCAUUUCCAGACAAACUGUUUGAGGAUUUUAUCAGUUAGGAAUCCAUGGAGCCUUUCUACUGUGCAAUAAUUUCUGUAUUUAUUGGAUUUUUGUAAUGAUAUUUGGCAUGUGCAGGUACAUCUUUGUGGGAUUUCCUAUGGAAUUAGUUUUAAAAGUGUGCUAAAACAUUUUUUUUUUUUUUUUAAAUAUAACUGGAAGAAGUCACCCUUUUUCAAAUUUCUUUUGUUUCCUUUAAGGAAUUGUCAUUUAAGAUAAAACUGUGUGAAACAGUAGCUUUUAAAAAAUGAUGUUUUCUAUUUGAACUGCAGCAGCGGACUACAAUCCAUGUCCUCACCAGGCCUAAAGCACUGAAUGUCACGCCGACAUUAAAACUCCACCUGGAUUUAAAAAAUCCAACAUUUACAUUUUCAGGGGAAAUCUAUUUAGAACAUUGGCAUGCGACUAUUCUCGAUGCAGUUCCUGUUGCUGUCCUGACGGGACAUAAAUAAAAGGUUGCACUUAAAGGAGGAGCCCUGAUGCUCAGAACAGUCCCAGCAGAGUCCAAGCCCGGUGUAAAAUGUUGAAUAAGUUAAGACUACUUGUGAUUAAUGUGAGAAGAACAGUCCUGUUUAUGGUUUGUAAAUAUUUUCUUUUUUUAUGCUGAGAAGUCGCCCUGAUACGACACAAAAAGCCUAAACUUUAACAAUCAGAGACCAGCUGCUUCAUCGCCCACACACUCCAUCUCCCAUAAUGCAUCUCCCAUAAAGCAUGCACACUUUUGUCAUUCACCAAUUGAUUUCAAACUUCCACAGCCAACACGUCCGCAGUCACAAAACCUCCCUCUAUAUUUAUUUCGCUGUUGUGUUUCCAUACGAGAUUUCAGUGAUUUUUCUUUAUAGACACAAAUAUUAUAAUUAUUAAACAGAGUCACCCACCUGCAGCGUAGAAACACACAAUACACAUACAGCUUUCAUUCUUCUAUCACAACUACACAGAACAGCUUUUACUUCAACAUUUGGAACAAUAAUAUUUCAUAUCAUUAUCUGAAUCUUAAUGGAAACACAACACGCGACCUCCCCAAAGUGUUGAACUGAAGCCCUAUCGGUAUGUGUUCGCAUGUGCUCUCUCCGCUGUGUGCGCUAAGUCUUUUAACACUCCACCAGCUCGCAUUCAGCAUUAGAGGCGCUUUUAGACCGAAUUUGUGUGCUCAAUCGCCACGGCAACGCGAUACAAUUUGAACAGAUUUCCGAGACAGUGUGCGCCGCGGUGACAUUCAGGGAUUACACCUCUUUUGGAUUAUUUAUUUUUAUUAUUUUUUUCACGAAAAGAAUCUGAUGCAUGAAAACUAUAUGAUAAUUUGGGCUGAAUUGGCUCGACAACCUUCUGCACGGGCUGGUUUCAAACGGUAAAAUAAAAGGAUUUAGAUGGAAUUGAUGAAAUGUAUGUAAGAAGAGAGAGAGGAAAAGAGAAAGAGAGAGAAGCAGGGAGCAGGGCCUUGACCAGAGUCAUUCAAAUCAAAUUGGAAACAUAUGGAAAGUGUGUAUUAUUUCGUAGCCAAACUCACAUGGACUGGCCGGUGUAUAGCGCGGCGAGAGAGAGGCAGGAGACACAGAGAGGCCACAUCAAAAGAAAAUUGAUACGAGUUUCAUUUCGCGAAACCCUCCCCCUCCACCGUCGAAAAUCAUCUUCACAUUUUGAAACUUUUGACCUGCUUUUUGGUCCACUGUCAGCUUCUAUCUGCGCCAAUUUCGUCUGAUAGGAAUAUACAGUGCUUUUGAAUGCAACGUGAGUCCCUUAUAGCCAGUGGUGACGGCAUAGGUUAUACAUUGUAAUGAGCGGCUUCACAGAGAGAGAGGGGCUUGCUUACAUGUGUUGAUGCAUGACUGCAAAAAAUCAAGAUCUGGUGGUGUACGCACAGGAAAACUUUGAGCGAGGCCAAAUUGAGCCAUACUAUGGAAUAUAUAUUGCAAAAAUAUAGGAACGCUGACACAUAUCCAGAUCCCUUGUGGACAUUCAGUCUUACAAUGUUUACAGUGUUGAAGUUAUGAAAAAAACUUGUAUGUGUUUUUAAAAAAGUAUUGCUUAGGACGCCAUAAUAUUUUUUGUAUGCUGGUGGAGGGACUUUUAUCAUGUUUCUGUAUUUUUGGAAAUUGUAAAACUGCAAAGUCAUUCCAGAAUAUUUUUAUUGCAAUUUGGUGCCAUUUUUUAAACACUUAUUUUCAUUUUUUUUUAAUGUUUUUAUGAAUGUUGUUGGUUUGGUGAAGCAAUCCGUGUAUGGAUAUAAAACUAGAAAAUCUAAAAGAGGAGUUUCUGCAGGGGAACCUAAAACGGUGCAUACUUUUCCCAAUCAAAUAAGACAUGUUGAGUUCUUUUUUUCCUCAUAGUUUGUUGAAGUUCUUGUGAUGGCACUUAACAGUUGUAAUUUGGCAAACAUACUGUAUACAUUUCUCCAUAUUUCACAACCUUCACUCACUCUUUGUACAAAAAAUGAUAAGUUUCCUUGUUCUUAUUUGGGGGGAGUGCAUUGUUGUGAAAAAAGUGAUUUCUGAACAGUCCACGUCAUGCUGUUUGGGACAUAUAUGUAUUUUUGUAAUGUGUUGAAAAAUCAAUACAAGAAAGCCAACACUUCAAUAAAUGUUGCAAUUGCUCUAUGACUCAA